UCGGUUUGGGGUGCGCACGUGCGGGCCGGCCGCCGGGAUGCGCGCGGGGCGGUGCCGGGCCGUGCGCGCCCUGCUGCGGGGCCGCUACCGCGAAGUGCUGCCGCUGGCGGAAUUCGCUCGGCGCCUGGGACCCGAGGGCCGGCGGCUGGUGCGGCGCGGGGACCCGGCGGCCUUCCGCGCGUUGGUGGCUCGCUGCCUGGUGUGCGUGCCCUGGGACGCGCCUCCGCCGCCCGCCCCCACCUUCCGCCAGGAGUCCAGCCUAAAGGAGCUGGUGGCCAGGGUGGUGCAGCGGCUGUGCGAGCGCGGCGCGAGGAAUGUGCUGGCCUUCGGCUUCGCGCUGCGGGACGAGGCGCACGGGGACCCGCCGCUGGCCUUCACCGCCAACGUGCGCAGCUUCCUGCCCAACACGGCGGCCGAGACGCUGCGCGGGAGCGGCGCGUGGGCGCUGCUGCUCGGCCGGCUGGGCGACGCCGUGCUCGGCUACUUGCUGGCGCGCUGCGCGCUCUACCUGCUGGUGCCACCGGGCUGCGCCUACCAGGUGUGCGGGGUGCCGCUCUACGACCUGUGCGUGGGUCGGGCCCGGUGCGGCGCGGCUAUGGGGGCGCCGUCGCCCGAGAGGCCCCGCCGCGGCCGGGCCGUGCCCGGGGCGGGCUCGGGCCCCCGGGACGCCCCUCGGCCCCGGCUGCGUGCCGAGGCCCGGCGCUUCCUGUACAGCGCGGGCGCGGGGGAACGGCUGCCCGCCGCCUUCCCGCUGGAUGCGCUGCCGCCCACCCUGGCCGGGGCCAGCGCGCUGGUGCGGACUAUCUUCCUGGGCGCGCAGCCCCGCGCGCCGCGCCGCCUGCCCCCGCGCUACUGGCGGAUGCGGCCGUUGUUCCACGAGCUGCUGGCCAACCACGCGCGGUGCCCCUACCGCGCGCUCCUCCGUGCGCACUGCCCGGUGCCCACCACGGACGCCGGCCCCCGGCCGCUUUUGCAGCUCCUGCGGCAGCACAGCCCCCGCUGGCAGGUGUACGCGCUCCUGCGCGCCUGUCUACGCCGCCUGGUGCCCUCUCGCCUCUGGGGGUCCCGGCACAACGAGCGCCGCUUCCUGCGCACCGUCAAGAAGUUCGUGUCGCUGGACAAGUGCGCGCGGCUGACGGCGCAGGAGCUGAUGUGGAAGAUGAGGGUGCGGGACUGCGCCUGGCUGCACGCCCGCCCAGGGGUGCGCUGUGUCCCCGCCCCGGAGCACCGGCGCCGGGAGGCCAUCCUCGCCUGCCUGCUGGGCUGGCUGCUGGACACCUAUGUGGUAGCGCUGCUCAGGGCCUUCUUCUACGUCACGGAGACCACGUUCCAGAAGAACAGGCUCUUUUUCUACCGGAAGUGUGUGUGGAACGAGCUGCAGAGCAUUGGCAUGAGGCAGCACCUGGUUCGGGCUCAGCUGCGGAGGAUGUCGGCGGCCGAGGUCCGGCAGUUCCGAGCAGCCAGGCCUGCCCUGCCCACGUCCAGGCUGCGCUUCCUGCCCAAGGCCAACGGGCUGCGGCCCAUCAUCAGCUCCGGCAGUGUGGCCCCACAUCUCGCGUCCCGGAUGAGGACCCUGUUUGGGGCGCUCAAUUACAAGCGCGUGCAGCACCCCAGUCUCCUGGGAGCCUCCGUGCUGGGCCUGGAUGACAUCCUCAGGGCUUGGCGGCCCUUUGCCCUGCGCCAGCGGUCCCAGGACCCUGCACCCCAGCUGUGGUUCGUGAAGGUGGACGUGACGGGGGCCUACGACACGCUCCCUCAGGACAAGCUGGUGCAGGUGGUCGCCAGAGCGCUUGGGCCCCGUGACGGCACCUACUGUGAGCGCCGGUACGCGGUGGUCCAGGGGGGCCCCCACGGGCGUGCCCGCAGGGCCUUCAAGACACACGUGUCCACGCUGGCUGACCUCCAGCCCUACCUCAGCCAGUUUGUGCAGCAGCUGCAGGAGGCCGGUUCACUGCGGGAUGCCGUGCUGGUGGAGCAGAGCUUCUCUCUGAACGAGGCUAGCGGCCACCUUUUUGACCUCUUCCUGCAUCUGCUGCGGAAUCACGUCAUAAGGGUCAGGAACAGGUACUACGUGCAGUGCCAGGGCGUCCCCCAGGGCUCCGUCCUGUCCACGCUGCUCUGCAGCCUCUGCUACGGCCACAUGGAGGAGACGCUGUUUGCUGGGACCCCGCACGAUGGAUUGCUCCUGCGCUUGGUGGACGACUUCCUGCUGGUCACCCCACACCUGACUCAGGCCAAGGCCUUUCUCAGGACGCUGCUGAGCGGGGUCCCGGAGUAUGGCUGCACCGCCAACCCGCAGAAGACGCUGGUGAACUUUCCCGUGCGGGCGGGCGAGCUGGGGGCUAGGGCGCCCCGCCAGCUCCCGGCCCACUGCCUGUUCCCCUGGUGUGGCCUGCUGCUGGACACGCGCAGCCUGGAGGUGUGCUGCGACUACUCCAGUUAUGCCGAGACGUCCAUCCGCGCCAGCCUCGCCUUCUCCCAGGGCCACAAGCCUGGCAGGAACAUGCGGUGCAAACUCCUCCAGGUCCUGCGGCUCAAGUGCCACGGGCUCUUCCUGGACUUGCAGGUGAACUCCCUGCCCACGGUCUACACGGCCAUCUACAAGAUCUUCCUGCUGCAGGCCUACAGGUUCCACGCCUGCGUCCUGCAGCUCCCGUUUGACCAGGGCAUCCGCCAGAACCCCGGCUUCUUCCUCCGGCUCCUGUGGGACACUGCUGCCCAUGGCCACACCCUCCUCCGUGCCCGGAACCCAGGGAUGUCUCUGGGGGCGCCGGGAGCCUCGAACCCGUUCCCACAGGAAGCCGUGCAGUGGCUGUGCCUGCGGGCCUUCCUGCUGAAGCUGGGCCGCCACAGGGCCACGUACUGCCGCCUGCUGGGGCCACUCCGCACAGCCCAAGAGCAGCUGUGCUGGCAACUUCCGCGGGCCACGCUGGCCGCCCUGGACGCAGCGUCCUGCCCUGCCCUGACCGCCGACUUCAGGACCAUCCUCGACUGAGCCACGCCGCCACUCGGGCCUCAGUGCCCAGCCCUCAGCAGGGGCCCGGCACCACUCGGGAAUUCCCAUCACUCUUCCCUGUGGUGGCUACGGCCGUGCCUGCAGGGCCGCCCCCAGCGUCCUGCCCAAAUGCCUUUCAGCCUGGCCUCUGCCCCACACACCCUAUGCCCGGAACAUGUUCUCAGUUCUGAUGUCCA